AUGCCUACAAGACCGCACCAGUCUAUCUUGGAGCCGCUUCCAGCUAUUACUAGGGGUGCGCUGAGGAGGAACGAGUCAUCAACUCAUCGAGACUUAUCGGCAUUUGAACGACGUGUACCACGCUCUAUUCCUCUAUAUCAACCGCCUUAUCAGUUAGAGGGCCAGACACUUGCUGACGUCCUACGUCACGCCAGUACAUCUGCUACUGUAUUAUUGCCUUCAUUCACGCCAAUUUCAACUGCAACUGCAAAUGCUGUGUCGACGUCUGUAUCUAUACCAGUCCCUACAAGGGAAUCACCAACUCCACUUUCCUCACCUAUUAUGUCUGUUCACUCUUCACCUGUUUCUGUUACAGUGUCUAUCACUGUAGCUCCAUCUCCUCCUGCACUAUCUGCCUGGGAGCCUCCGUCAUUAGAGGAGUUCUUGGCUGACAUCGAAAGUCGGCGGCAUUAA